CUCUUACAGUGCAUUUUCCCAACCGGCUAAGCGAAAAAUGGCUACAUAUGGUAACGAGACAGUCGACAACUAUCUUUACUCCUCUUACAACCCUUAUUCCUACAAAUACCCCAAGUUCAAGGGCUGGAGACAGAGAGCUUACUUCGCCAACUACGGUGAAGGCGAGACCUACUUCGAUAAUUACCACAGAGCGCAGCUUAAGUCCAUCUUGUCUCAGAUCAACCCAAACCUCACCCCGCGUCUGAGGAAAGCCAACACCAGAGACGUAGGGAUCCAGGUCAACCCAAAGACCGACGCGUCCAUCCAGUGCUCUCUGGGCCCGCGGACCCUUCUGGCCCAGAAGCGUGAUGCCCUUCGCCAGCGGCGACAGGUUCAGACCCCAGGGAGCCCCAUCAGCGGCGGCGUCCGGUUCCCGCGCACUCAAGCCGUUUACUCUCCGGUGGAGUCCAGGAGGCUAGUGUCCCUCUUCAGGGAGGAGGAGGAAAAGGACACGGAGCCUAAUGCCCCUGAGACGGUGGACAGCGCAGAGAAGGUGGUGAGUGCUGAGAAAGACGAGCGCAAAGAGGGCGAGGAGAGCGCGAAGGAACCGCUUAGUCCAGAGAAAAAUGAAAACAAACCGACGGAAACAGAUGAGCAGAACAGAAACGAGACUGUGAAAUCCGGACGAGAUGAAGCCAAAUCAAAGGCUCGCGUGAGGUUCCAGUUUUUGGAGCAGAAGUAUGGCUACUAUCAUUGCAAAGACUGCAACCUACGUUGGGAAAGUGCUUAUGUGUGGUGUGUCCAAGGCACAAACAAGGUGUAUUUCAAGCAGUUUUGCAGAACAUGUCAGAAAUCAUUCAACCCAUACCGUGUUGAGGACAUAACCUGUCAGACUUGUAAGAAGUCUCGCUGUACAUGUUCUGUAACAUCACGUCACGUGGACCCCCAAAGACCUCACAGACAGGAUCUGUGCGGCCGCUGCAAAGGCAAGCGUCUGUCCUGUGACAGCACAUUCAGCUUCAAAUACAUCAUCUAGCAGCUCUGUCCGCUGCGGUCAGGCUUGGUUGUUGCCCAGCUGGAUUGUCCACCUCAGUCUCUGCACCCUCGCUGCUCAAAGACCGCAGUGGGGAUCCAUCGGUCACUACAGUUUAUUUCUUUUUGUUUUGCUUUAAUUUGUACGUGAAGUAACUGUAGGUGCCAAUUCUACAAAUAAAAAUGGCAAUUACUAGCACAUCUUGAGUUUUCUAUGAACUAAUCUGCAGCAGGGUGACGUGAAUGGCUGACUUGAAUUGUACACUACUAGAAGCAUUUUUGUGCCUAUAAAUCCAGCAAACUGGAUUUGAUUAUUUUUAA